UGCCCGCAAACCAUGGAUCCAACGAUGAGGUGAAGAAAACUUCGUGAUGCAACUGAAGCGACCUUUCCGGGGAGGUCUCAAAAAGGCCUUUGGGGUGAUAUGUGCCCUCUUGGUCGUGUACCUGUUGGUACACUCGGUUGGACUGAUAAGUUCAGAUUUUCCCACUAUGGUUACUGACCAGAAGUAUGUCGUUGGAGACGAUAAGAAAAUUUACGAAUAUAACAGGCAGAUGCCGCUUAUUUUCAUCGGCGGUGUUCCGAGAUCUGGAACUACUCUGAUGAGGGCCAUGUUGGAUGCGCAUCCCGAUAUCAGAUGUGGUCAGGAAACCCGUGUGAUUCCCCGUCUUCUUCAGAUGCGAUUCCACUGGCUCAAAUCCGAGAAAGAAUCCAUGCGAUUGAAUCAGGCUGGUAUUACAAAGUCAGUUCUCGAUUCUGCCAUAGCAGCAUUCACGUUGGAAAUCAUAGCGAAGCAUGGCGAGCCAGCUCCCAGACUCUGCAACAAAGACCCAUUGACAAUAAAAAUGGGCACCUACGUCAUCGAUCUCUUCCCCAACGCCAAGUUCAUUUUCAUGGUUCGCGACGGUCGUGCCACAGCCCAUUCCAUCAUAUCUCGAAAAGUUACAAUCACCGGUUUUGAUUUGACCGAUUACAGGCAGUGCCUGAAGAAAUGGAACAGUGCUGUGGAAGCGAUGAACAGCCAAUGCAGGGAACUGGGGCCUGAUAGAUGUUUGCGGGUACCCUACGAGCAACUGGUGUUGCAUCCCAAGAAAUGGAUGGAAAAAGUUCUUGAGUUUCUGGAUAUCCCUUGGAGCGAUUCCGUGCUUCAUCAUGAAGACUUCAUCAAUAACGGAAUCGAGCUCAGCAACGUUAAAAAAAAGCAUAUACCAGUCAACUUGGAGGCUCUGUCAAAAUGGGUUGGCAAUAUACCAGAAGACGUCAUAAAAGAUAUGGCCCAUAUUGCUCCGAUGUUAUCAGUUCUGGGUUAUGAUCCUUAUGCUAAUCCUCCAAAUUAUGGACAACCAGACGCAGAAGUUGCCCAUAAAACAAAGGAAAUUCAAAGGAACAAAAACGUUUGGGAAAGAAAAGCCAAAGAAAUGUUUGACGUCGGUUGGGAUAAUGCUGAUGGAGAUACUGCUCUAGACAAAGAACCGAGUGAUAAUCCCAACAACAUUACGUGAUAAAACUUUCAUCCCACAGGGUGUCUGGGAUCGAUUUUUGUGUGUGGACCAUUUUAAUGAUACUAAUUUUAGAUCUGAUUUUGAAAUGCUAAACUGGUGUGAUCGUAACAGUUGAUUAUUUCAGUUUUUACUUAAGAGACAUGACUUAUUUGAUACUUGUUGAAAAAUUUAUGAAGAUCUAAUAGUUGUAGUGUUUUCUAUUUUAAUGCAGGUUCGUUUAUUCAAAAUUCUGGUGAGAAACUGCAGGCCAGUAUAUUUUAUAAUUUGAAAUAGUUAUCAACAUUACUUUGGAAUUGUUGUGGUAGUUAUGUGAGUCCCUCUUGAAAAAAUCAUCAUGAUUGAUGGAUACCUAGAAGAUGACAUGUAUAAAUUUUGAACUUAUAAACUUGAGUUGUUUGUCAAGCAUUUUCAAUUAUAUUUCAGGGCAUGAAGAAGUGUAGAAUAGAAAACAAAACUAAUUUCUGAAAUACCUAAACAAAAAUUAAAUUGUUUUGUUCCAACCAAAGACAAGUAUAGCAAAUGUUUGUUCCACAUAAUUUUUGCUUGAAAGAAAAGACUGCUGAGUCUACGCUAAAUAGUUGCUACUCCAUAAUAUUUACAUUUUUCCUUCAAGGAAAGCACACCAAAUUAAUUAUAAAUUUGUUACAUUUUAAAUUUGUCUUCAACAAACUAGCUGAUAAAAAACGAAUCCUUUUUAAAGAAAAGUUACUUCAAGAACCAAAUUCGUUGUUCCUGUCUUCAAAAUGAACUGUAACUCUGU